GGCUGCAUUUCAUUCAACGGUGUCCAGGACUCAGCAUUUACAUCUCCCCAAUCAUACCCAUUUACAAUGCUGUGGUCUUCCUUUUUGUGCUGGCCAACUUCAGUAUGGCCACUUUCAUGGAUCCUGGCAUAUUCCCUAGAGCUGAAGAAGAUGAGGACAAGGAGGAUGAUUUCCGAGCUCCCUUAUACAAAACUGUGGAAAUAAAGGGUAUUCAAGUGCGCAUGAAAUGGUGUGCAACAUGCAGAUUCUACCGGCCCCCACGCUGCUCCCAUUGUAGUGUCUGUGACAACUGUGUAGAGGAAUUUGACCAUCACUGUCCAUGGGUGAACAACUGCAUAGGAAGACGCAAUUACCGCUACUUCUUCCUGUUCCUGCUCUCACUUACAGCGCACAUCAUGGGUGUGUUUGGUUUCGGUUUACUGUAUGUCCUAUAUCAAGUAGAAGAGCUCUCUGGAAUCCGCAUGGCUGUUACUAUGGCCGUGAUGUGUGUGGCUGGUUUGUUCUUUAUUCCUGUAGCUGGCCUUACAGGAUUCCAUGUGGUACUAGUAGCCAGAGGUCGCACAACCAAUGAACAAGUUACAGGCAAGUUCCGAGGUGGGGUAAACCCAUUUACCAAUGGCUGCUGUAAGAAUGUCAGUCGUGUCCUCUGCAGCUCUCCAGCUCCCAGGUAUCUUGGGCGGCCAAAGGGAGAACAGACUGUAUUAGUGAGGCCUCCAUUCUUACGGCCAGAAAUAUCAGACGGACAGGUUGCUAUGAAGAUAAUGGAUAAUGGUAUCCAGGCUGAACUGAAGAGAACAAAGUCCAAAGGAAGCCUUGAAGUAACAGAGAGCCAAUCUGCUGAUGCUGAACCACCACCGCCACCCAAACCAGACCUCAGCCGCUUCACAGGUUUGAGGACACAUUUAACCCUGGCCACCAAUGAGGAUAGCAGUUUGCUAAGUAAGGACAGCCCUCCAACUCCAACCAUGUAUAAGUAUCGACCUGGCUAUAGUAGCAGCAGUGCUUCAGCUGCAAUGCCUCACUCCACCAGUGCCAAGCUAAGUCGAGGAGACAGUUUGAAGGAGCCAACACCUAUUGUUGAAAGCAGCCGAAACCCCAGCUACCGCUCUGAACCAAGUUUGGAACCAGAAAGUUUUCGGUCACCCACCUUUGGCAAGAGUUUCCAUUUUGAUCCUCUAUCCAGUGGUUCCCGCUCUUCCAGCCUCAAGUCAGCUCAAGGCACAGGCUUUGAAAUGGGCCAUCUUCAGUCAAUCCGUUCCGAAGGCACUACUUCCACAUCUUACAAGAGCUUGGUGAACCAGACACGCAAUGGGAGUUUGUCGUAUGACAGUCUUCUCACACCAUCUGAUAGCCCUGAUUUUGAGUCGGUGCAGGCAGGUUCAGAGCCAGACCCGCUCAUGGGAUACACUUCUCCUUUUCUUUCAGCCCGCAUUGCUCAACAGCGGGAGGCUGACUUGCACAGUCGUUUUCCAAGCUCUGGUUCACCCAAGCACCAGCAGCCUCGUGAUUCUUCACCCGUCCGCUAUGACAAUCUUUCACGCCAUAUUGUGGCUUCCAUGCAGGAACGGGAGAAGUUGCUACAGCAGUCAUCUAUGCCACCGCCCCUGGCCAAAGAGGAGGAUACAGGCCUAGGGGACUCUGGGAUACAAUCCACACCAGGGUCCAGCAAUGCCCCACGAACAAGUUCCUCUUCGGACGAUUCAAAACGUUCACCUUUGGGCAAAAACCCACUCACCCGCCCAGUGGCACCUCGCUUUGGAAAACCAGAACCACCACAUGCACUUAGAGUGCGCACACUGGGCUCACCAGACCAGCUUUCAUCCUCCCACAUGGGCAGAUCUAUGUCUUAUAGCAGCCAAAAACAGUCGCUUCAGGCUGUCGUCCCAGAGACUGAGGAGGUGGCCUUGCAGCCUUUACUGGCACCAAAAGACGAGGUGCAGAUGAGACCCUCUUACAGCAAGUCUAAUGGACAGCCCAGGACUCUGGGCUCAACCUCACCCAUCCCUGGCCAGCCACCUCUCAACAGUCCCACUCGAGGAGGAGUCAAGAAAGUCUCUGGAGUGGGGGGGACCACAUAUGAGAUUUCUGUAUGAGGAGCUGAUCUCCCCACUGUCUACUCUUUGGCUGAUUUCCAAGCAUCCUGUCCCUGAUGAGCAGGAGACAUGGAUGUUGCUCAGCAAAUGGUUGCUCCAUCACAUGCAUGAACUUUUAAAAAUAAAGAAAUAAAUCCAGGUUUCGGUGGGUGGGGAGAACAGAGGGGACAAAUUACCUUUUAAAACUAAACUAUCAAAGAGAGUUUCUAAACACUACAAUGGGAUCUCGGCCUUGCUCACCUCCACAGCCUGCACUCUUCCCUCUCAGUCACCAAGAGACUGCAGUUUGUCGCACACUGCCGAGAGUGAAGGGAAGGACCUAGUAUCAGCCUCCUCGCACAGAAGAGGGUGCCGGCUGUAGCCUGUCUUGCUAUCAACAGAACAGUUAAAACUUGUGGACCUUGUGCAAUCGCUCGCCUAGUGCGGUAGGGGUUGAUCAUUUUUAAUUUUUUUUUAUUAUUACUACGGAUUCUAUAUUUUUCCUCUUCUGAGUUACUGGGUGUGUGUAUAUAUAAAUAUCUAUAAAUAUAUAAAUAUAAAAAGAAAAAGAAAUUAUAUCUACCCAUAAGUAAGGGAGGCAAGCCUGGUCAAAACUUCAUCAGCUGGGCCUGAGGAAACCAUGUCUAAACCACGUUCCAGAGAAUCAGGUGGGAUAGAGCAGAAUAGCCAUUUGGUUCACUUUCAGUGAAAGCCACUGGAAAACCACUACCCCAAUAGGGCUGAAAAAAUGCCAGUAGAACAUUUGAUCUGACCUGGUUUUCUCUGCCUCUGGCCAAGCAUGUUCAGCCGGAUUUGUUCCAGGAGGGAGCAUACGAAGGCACCAUUUCUAUUAUCUUUGGGUUUUGGUGUUGAAAAUUUUCCCACAAAUAUUCUUUUUUCCUGAAGAUUUCGGAAGAUUUAGGAAAACUAGGGGAGAAUUUGGGUUCAUAUUUUUUCAGUAUCCAGACAGAUCUCUUUUUGAAUGAUGCCCAGAGAGCAAACACUGUUCUCUCUAAACCAGGAAGCAUGUGAAAUACUCAUUAUGUAUCAUUGCAGCCUUGGAUUGAGGUGCUAAAUGAAAGGGUAGCAAUGGGCCUGAGUCCCUUGUGUGGAGAUAUUAUUUGCAUUUGGUAAAUCCUCCCAAGUGGUUUCCUGUGUUUUUUUACCUUGCUUUUAUGAAAUGCUCCAUAUGAAUUACUUGUGGUGUCACAGUUCUUUAUUCCCAAACUGGGCAAGAGAAAGAAGAGAGAGAGAAAAACUAACCAAAAAGCAAUAUUUUUUCAUAUGCCAAAAAUCUCUCAUCACUUGUAAAAGCCCAUGUCAGUAGAAAUCAGUAAUCCAAGAAUCCAACAGUCUAAGUCUCUACUGAAUCUUUCUCUAUGGCAAUAUCUAAACUGUGGUCUCCGUUAAGCCACACUUUUAUUUUUAUUAUGACUAGCCAUUUUAAAAUGAGGAAUAAAAGAAUACAAUGAGCCACUUCCUCUAUUCUUGUGUAGUUUUUAUUCUGUUAACUGGAACAUUGUGGAUGGUGGUCAUCAGUGUUGCUAGCAGUAGGCCCAGAAUUGUUCAGUAGAUCACUAGCUUCUGGAGUUUGGCCAUUUUAACUGCAACCAUUCUGCUAAUUCAAAUGGUUUUCUUGAACAGGUAAGUGAAGACUAUGCGUUGUAGCAUUUACAACCCAAGAAUUACACAAUUAUUAUGUAGCCUGGGAUUUAUAAUCCAGAUUACAGAUCUUGGUUCAGUUAGUUUCUAAUUGCCUCAGGGGUUAUGCCCCCUAAUGGGUAUUUUUCAGGUAAUACGUUUUGCCAGCUUAGUGCUUCUAGAUUUAUUACAUUCAUCCCUAGAGAGCAUAGCACUUAAUUAUAAUGAUUAGGGAUUUAGGUUGGGGGACGCAGCUUUGGUACAAGACCAUUCACCCUCUACGCCUAAAAAUGCCUUUCUAACUCCCAGUGAGAAACCUGUCAAGCACUGAUCAAGAUACUUCUCUAAUUUAUUAUUAAGUCUGGUGUCACCUCACUUCAGACUCUAAUCCUAUUUAGAGGUUAUUUCUGUUAGGAAAAUAUAAUGCUAAUUUAUAUGUAGGAGAGGAACCUUGCUCACCCAAGUAAGUUUUUGAGACUUUAGAAUACAAAUGAGAUAAUACCAAAGAGUCUUAUGGCACAUUCAAAUAACAAAUCUCUUGUGACAUAAGGUUAGAAAGCAUUUUUUCAAAUCCAAAUCAAGUUGAGGAUAAAACUAAGCAACCCCAGUAGAAAAGGGGAGAAGCAAAAAAAGAUUAUGGAAGAAUCUAUAAUUUCUCCCCCAAUCUAUUUUUUUGGUGCCAGUGAAAACUUUCUUGCUUUAUGGCCUAUCUUUUUUCCAGAAACUCAAGGUGAUAUGUAUUACAUUCCUCUGAAUCCACACCAGCAAAUUUGUGAAUGUUUUGUCCCAAAGUCACCCCACGGCAGCUCAUGGAUGGUGAACAUGAAUGCAUACUGUAUGGAGUUCUCUGAUCCUGUGGCGGCACUUUAAACACUGCAAGUAGUCCUCAACCAGUCCGUAGAGUUCUGACUGUCAGUAGCACGUCCAUUUGUGCUCUUAUGAUCUGGAUGCUUGUCAACCCGUUCACAUUUACAACUGGUUGCCAAGCACUCCAUGAUCACAUAAUUGCUAUUUGCAAGCUGCUCUGCUAGUUGUGAGCCAGUCGUGAAGUUGACAGGGAAGGUCCAAAGUCUCUGGGAUAAGUCUCAACCCAUGCACCUUCUCUGACCCACAACACAUCUUAGCAUUCUUUCACACCCUUGUUUGACUCUCAUUGGAUGUGCCCCAUGCACCCUCCAUGAUCAGCACUGUGCCUCUUGCACAUGCAAUCUGCGGGGUGCCUCUCACCCACUCAUGCACUGUUCUCAACCCACAUGUAUGACUCUAGUGUAUCUUCCCCAACCACUCUCCAUAUCCUUGCACAUUCUCUUGCACCUUCCUCCACCCUGCAGGCCUGAGACUUGCAACUUCCUUUCCUGCCAGAUUUCCUACUGACUGGUUGUGGGAACCGGCAGGAAGUUGCCUCACUUAAUGAUCAUGGGAUUCAGUUAAUGACAUCAGCUGUGACUAGGGAUUUCCAUCCCUAAGUGAUGUCAUACUUUAACAGCUGCAUUGUUCAACAGAAAUUCUGGUCCCACUUGCCAUCAUAAGACAAGGACUUAACUGUACACCUGUAUAGCCGUCCCACUGACUCCAGUGAGAUUUUACCUUCUAAUUUAAACAAUGUGUGGGCUAAACUAUUUUUGUUGGAGCCAUAAACAAAAAAUAAUUAGGUUUCCUUACAUAUUUUUGAUUCCACUGUGGCUAUUUACACCUGGAAAAACAUGCAAAUCUUUUGAUUAGGAAUUUCUUAUUAUUAGUGUAAUUUAACCUUAGUUCUGAACCAAGGGUUAACUAAUGAUACAUUGCAAAUGAAAAAACAGGUUUUGAAAGCACAAUUUCUGUUGAGAGCCAAAUUCACUCAGAAUACUAAAAAUGUGAACUUGAGUUAAUCAAACGUCGUAUAACCUCAUUCACCAGACAUCUUUAAAAAGUGAUUAACUAGGUAAU